AUGGGGAAGCGCGCCAGGCUCCGGCUUCGGCUCGUCCGCGCCCUCGCCACCGUCGCCGCGGCCGCAUCGUCUGCGGCGUCGCGGGCCCCGAGACAGGCGGGGCCCUACCUGGCCGUGCUCCACCGACGCGGGAGGGCGGAGGCGGUGGGGUGCCUCAACCGGCACCUCCGCCUGCUCCCGCUGGAGGAGGCGUGCUCCCUCCUCGACGCGCUCCCGUCCGUGCGCGACGCCGUCUCCUACAACACCGUGCUCACUGCCCUGUGCCGCCGUGGCCAGCACGGCCGCGCCUCCGCGCUGCUCAGCGCCAUGUCCCGUGAGCCCCGCCCGGCCUGCCGCCCCAACGCCGUCUCAUACACCGUACUCAUGCGCGCGCUUUGCGCCGACCGACGCGCGGACGAGGCCGUCGGGCUGCUGCGGGCGAUGCAGUCGGGCGGUGUCCGUGCCGACGUGGUCACCUAUGGCACUCUCGUCCGUGGACUGUGUGACGCAGGGGAAGUUGACAAGGCCGCGCAGCUGAUGGGUGAGAUGUGUGAAAGUGGUAUCGAGCCCAACGUGGUCGUGUACAGUUCUUUGCUCCAAGGGUAUUGCUCAUCUGGGCGGUGGGAUGAUGUAGGAAAGGUGUUUGAGGAAAUGUCCAAGAAGGGCAUAGAGCCAGAUGUGGUCAUGUACACUGGCUUGAUCGAUAGGCUUUCUAAAGAGGGAAAGGUAAAGAAGGCAUACGGGAUGAUGGACAUGAUGGUGAAGAGGGGGUUGGAGCCAAAUGUAGUGACAUACAAUGUGCUGAUCAAUUGCAUGUGCAAGGAAGGGUCAGUGAAGGAGGCAGUCAGUGUGUUCAAGAAGAUGGUGGAGAAGGGAGUGGCACCGGAUGUUGUGACAUAUAACACACUGAUCAAAGGGCUCUCAGAUGUGCUUGAGAUGGAUGAAGCAAUGGGGUUGCUUGAAGAGAUGAUUCAAGGUGAAAAUAUGGUUGAACCUGAUGUGGUACCAUUCAACUCGGUUAUACAGGGACUCUGUAAUAUUGGUAGUAUGAGACAAGCGUUCCAAGUCCGUGCCAUGAUGGAAGAUAGUGGGUGUACGGUUAACUUGGUAACAUACAAUCUGCUGAUUGGUGGACUCCUUAGAGUCCACAAGAUAAAGGAGGCUAUGGAGCUGUUGGAUGAGAUGACUAGUAUUGGGCUAGAGCCUGAUUCAUUCACCUAUAGAAUAUUGAUAAAGGGUUUCUGCAAAAUGUGGCAAGUUGACCGUGCACAAGGAUUUUUGUCUACAAUGAGAAAUUGUGGGAUAGAGCCUGAGCUAUUUCACUAUAUUCCUUUGCUUCAAGCUAUGUGUGAACAAGGCAUGAUGGGGAGAGCACGGAACUUGUUCAAUGAAAUGGACAAGAACUUCGCGCUAGAUGUUGUUGCAUAUAGCACUAUGAUCCAUGGUGCUUGCAAAACAGGGGACUUGAAAACUGCAAAAGAGUUGCUUAAGAGCAUGGUUGAUGAGAGAGUGACUCCUGAUGCUGUCACAUAUGCCAUACUAAUCAAUAUGUUUGCAAAAUCUGGAGACAUGGAGGAAGCAAAUGGUGUGUUUAAACAGAUGACUGAAAGUGGCUUUGUGCCUGAUGUUGCUGUAUUUGAUUCACUGAUCCAAGGUUAUAGCACAAAAGGAGAGAUGAACAAGGUUCUCGAGUUAAUUCAUAAAAUGAUAGCAAAGAAUAUAGCUAUUGAUUCAAAAAUUGUUUCGACUAUUACCACUUCUCUGGCUGCAAGCAAUGAAGGCAAAGCAUUGUUGCAGGGCUUGCCUGAUUUCAGUGCAGAAAUAUCAAAAGGCAACAUCAUAUCACCCCAAGAGUUAAUGAAAAUGUUACAUAAUGUGUGCCCCCAAACAACUUGAACCCGGUGUUGCUCUGUGAGCCUCUUUCAGGUGCUUAUGUGCAGGAGACAGGAAAUCCAUGUCCAGCAAGCAUAAGAUGGGCAUGAUCACUGACAAUAUUGUUGACUAUUGAAGGGCUAGCAAUCAAGCACAAUAGCAUCAAGGCCAAGAAUCAACGAACUUGACAGUUGCCAUUCAAACUCGAUAACGACAUGCUACUGACAUCUCCAAGCUCUCCACUAAUCAUCUAUCCCAGAUCGUCUUUAUGUCCAAAUGCCGAAAUUUGCAAUUGUGGGGAAAAAAAAGAGAGAAAAGAAGCCAACGACAGUGCUUUGCACAUUGUUCAGCGAUGUAUAUUGCAACACAUCUCCGAGACUCCGACCGAUUUCACCCUGAAGGAGAAGAAACAUUUGCUGCACAGGUUUCACCGAACCGACAAAAACCACUCGAUUUUUCUCGAAAGUUGAAGGUUUUGAGCUUGCUCGAGUUGACAAACAACUCGGUAAA